UUUCAUUUCUGUGCGCGACCACGACAGCUUCGCCGUAGAUCUCCCUCCACGACACAUCGAGCCACCACGACACAGCAAGCCACCUGCCCACGGCGAAACCCAGUCCGACGGUGACCCACCUCCGGUUCAGCCUGCCUGUGCGACUGCAUAGCCUCCUUUCCAACACAAAAAUUAUUUUGUUUUUCUUCUUUCUUUUGCCGAAACCUCUUCUUUCUAUUUAAUAGCAAAUGAAACUGAAACCCUAGUUGGCAUUGUGUUCGUUCUUCACUCUCUCAGCCGCGAAAGCAUUUGCGAUUAUGAUAAUCAGCAUUAGCCAUGGCUUCUUUGAUAACCGUGAAGGAAUUUCUCCUCACGAAUUCGCCAAGGCUUACUCCGCUCAUCUCAAACGGCAAGAUGGAGCUGCCUGAAUAGACUGAUAUUGUGAAAAUUGCAAAGUUCAAAGAAUUGGCUCCCUAUGAUCCCGAUUGGUAUUACAUUAGGGCUGUCUAUCCCGGAUGUGCCAUUAUAUGGAAGAAUUGUUACGCUUGAACUUUUUCGCCCUCAUGGUGAAGCACAAGAUUUUUUGUUUAUUGCUACUGAAAGAUACAAAUUCUGUGUUCUUCAAUGGGAUACCGAGACUUCUGAACUUGUUAUACGCAAAUGUGUGAUUUUGGUGUUGUCUAUCGAAGCUACAAAUGCUCUUAUUGUGGAUUGCAUGUUGGUAUUUCAAGGACGGGAAAAGACUUAUAAAUGGUUGGAUUUUGUAUGGUUUCACUUGUUUUGUUAUUGUAGUAUUCCACCAUAACUUAUAAUUUUGUACA